UCGCAGCUCGCACUCGAGCACGUCGAGCUCAAACGAAAGAUCCCCCCUCCCGAGGCGCGCGGCCGGGCCGGAGCCAAGAAUCCUCGCAACAAUGACUUCCCUCUCCUCCGCCGUGGCAUUGCCGUCGUCGUGCCGGGCGCGUCCGGCGAGCGGCAGCCGGCGGGCGCGGCUGCUGGUGACGCGGGCAGCGGCGUCGAGCCCCAAGCUGCAGAACGGGCGGCGGCUGCGGGUGGCCGUGGUCGGGGGCGGCCCCGCCGGCGGCGCCGCGGCGGAGGCGCUGGCGAAGGGCGGCGUGGAGACUGUGCUCAUCGAGCGGAAGAUGGACAACUGCAAGCCCUGCGGCGGGGCCAUCCCGCUGUGCAUGGUGUCGGAGUUCGACCUGCCGCUGGACCUCGUGGACCGGAAGGUGAGGAAGAUGAAGAUGAUCUCGCCGUCCAACGUCGCCGUCGACAUCGGCCGCACGCUCGCGCCGCACGAGUACAUCGGCAUGGUCAGGCGCGAGGUGCUCGACGCCUACCUCCGCUCGCGGGCCCAGUCCGCCGGCGCGGAGGUCGUCAAUGGCCUCUUCCUAAGGUAUGAGGCGCCCAAGGAACCGAACGGCUCGUACGUGGUGCACUACAACCACUACGACAGCAGCAACGGCAAGGUGGGCGGCGAGAAGCGGUCGUUCGAGGUGGACGCGAUCGUGGGCGCGGACGGCGCCAACUCCCGCGUGGCGAAGGACAUGGGCGCCGGCGACUACGAGUACGCCAUCGCGUUCCAGGAGCGCGUCAAGAUCCCCGACGACAAGAUGGUGUACUACGAGGAGCGCGCCGAGAUGUACGUCGGCGACGACGUCUCCCCCGACUUCUACGGCUGGGUGUUCCCCAAGUGCGACCACGUCGCCGUCGGCACCGGCACCGUCACGCACAAGGCCGACAUCAAGAAGUUCCAGGCCGCCACGCGCCUCCGCGCCAAGGACAAGAUCGAGGGCGGCAAGAUCAUCCGCGUCGAGGCGCAUCCCAUCCCCGAGCACCCAAGGCCCAAGAGGGUGGCCGGGCGUGUGACGCUGGUGGGCGACGCGGCGGGGUACGUGACCAAGUGCUCAGGCGAGGGCAUCUACUUCGCGGCGAAGAGCGGGCGGAUGUGCGCGGAGGCGAUCGUGGCCGGCUCCGCCAACGGGACGCGGAUGGUGGAGGAGAGCGACCUGCGCAAGUACCUCGCCGAGUUCGACCGGCUCUACUGGCCGACGUACAAGGUGCUCGACAUCCUGCAGAAGGUGUUCUACCGCUCCAAUUCGGCGCGGGAGGCGUUCGUGGAGAUGUGCGCCGACGACUACGUGCAGAAGAUGACCUUCGACAGCUACCUCUACAAGCGCGUCGUGCCAGGCAACCCGCUCGACGACAUCAAGCUCGCCGUCAACACCAUCGGCAGCCUCGUCAGGGCCACCGCGCUGCGCCGGGAGAUGGAGAAGGUCACCUUGUGAGCCGCCGGCUGCGACGUCGCCGCCGUCGAGCUGUGCCAUUCACUUGAGGUGUUCGAGUCGCAGCUGGUCGGUGUAUUAGUAGAGAUUCGCGGCUGAUCAAGGGGGCAAAUUUAGGCCAACGAGCGUAGGCACGGAGAGGAAGAGAAGGAGGUUGUGUAAGUUGAGCAAGUCGAUCCAAGUGCUGUCUGCUUCUAUUGGUCGACCCUGCCCUGUUCUUGUAAAACAUAGCAUCUGGUGAUGUUGAGAACUCGGAGCAGUUCGAUUGGAACACUGAAGACGAUAAACUUCGACGUGAAUGGAUGUAUCAUACAUGAAACUAAAACUUUGUUUUGAUUACUGUAUGCCUACAUUUUCA